AUUGUUGAUUGUUGAGCCAUGGACGCCAACACCAUGUGGUCAAGCCUCGCGCUUCGCUGGCGCUACACUGGAGAUGUGAUGCAGGCACGUUGGGAGUCGCUGCUCGACGUUAUCGGAGAUGAUCCGCUGCGUCUUUGGGUGCUGGGCACCACUAGCGUUGUCUUCUGUGUCUAUUGGCUCUAUGCGGCCAUCUUUACACUCAUGGACAUUACAAAUCGCCCUCGAUUUUUGCGCAAAUACAAAAUACAACCCGGUCAAAAUGAACCUGUGGAUCUUGGACGUCUCUGGCAUGCCAUCAAGGUGGUGUUAUUCAAUUUGACUGUGGUGAAUCUGUUGACCAUUUGGGUGCUCUUUGAACUGGUCCUCGUUCGUAGCAGUAGCCAUCUCGAUAUACGUGUGUUGCCCAGCUUUGGACGCGUUGUACGUGACUUUGCAGUGCUCGUGGUGCUGGAGGAGAUUAUGUUUUACUAUGCGCAUCGUUUGCUGCAUCACAAGGCCAUCUAUAAAUAUAUACACAAGAAGCAUCAUGAGUGGACUGCACCCAUUGCCGCCAUCACGUUGUAUGCCCAUCCCUUUGAGCAUGUGGUGGCCAAUUUGAUGCCCAUUGGUGUCUCAUUGGCUGUGCUCGGCUCUCAUGUCACUGUCGCCUGGGGCAUGAUUGCCAUGGCCGUUAUCAAUUCGAUGAGCGAUCAUACGGGCUACAGUUUUCCCUGGUCGGCGGGAUCUGUGCGUUUCCAUGAUUAUCACCAUGCCAAAUUCAAUUAUAAUUACGGCGUUAUGGGCUGGUUGGACAAAUUGCAUGGCACUUAUAGAUCUCCAAGCGAGCAGAAGCAGCAACGGCAACAGCAAUUGGCAGCCAAGCUGACCAAGAGCAAACGCAAGGCAAAAAAAUAAAGCAAUCGAUAUAUUGAAAUUCAAAUAUGUAACGGCUUUAGGAUUGCUGAUACAGCUCCAAAAUGACAAACAAUCGAUAGUUACAUGUUAAUAAUGCGAUAUUUCAAAAUUAACCCACUUUACAUAAUACAUCCAUACAAAUUCACAUAUUUUUUUGUUUUUUGUUAAUAAAUGUGUACACCAAUAUAAUUUCAAUGUUUUUA